AUGUCGGACGGUUUUGACCGGGCCCCAGGUGCUGGUCGGGGCCAGGGCCGGGGCCGGGGCCGAGGAGGCGGAGGGGGCGGGCCCGAGGGCGUCGGUUUUCGCGGCGGAGGCGGUGGCGGCAGCAGCGGGACCGCGGAGCCGGGCGAGCGGCCGCGGCCGCAGCCGCAGCCGCAGCAGCAGCCCCCGCCCCCCGAGCCGCUGAGGCCGCCCAAGACGUCCCCUCCGCCCGGGGCCCUGCCCGAGCUCCCGGCCGCCCCCGACCGGCCGCCCCCGGGCGGGCCUCCCGCAGAACAUCCGAAGCCUACGAGAGCUCCACCUAGCUCGCAGGAUAAAAUUUCCCCGCGUACUUCAGCAAUGGCUAAACCCCAGGUGGUUGUAUCACCUGUGUUAAUGUCUUCGAAGUUGUCCGUGAAUGCCCCAGAAUUUUAUCCAUCAGGUUACACUUCUAAUUAUACAGAUUCUUCCUAUGAAGAUGGAUGUGAUGGUUAUCCUACUCUUACAGAAUAUGUACAGGACUUUUUGAAUCACCUUACAGAACAGCCAGGAAGUUUUGAAACUGAAAUUGAUCAAUUUGCAGAGACUCUUAAAGGCUGGGUCACUACUGAUGAUGCUUUGCAAGACCUUGUGGAACUCAUCUACCAGCAGGCCACAACUGUACCACACUUCUCUUACAUGGGAGCAAGGCUGUGUAAUUAUUUGUCUCAUCAUCUAACCAUUAGUCCACAAAGUGGAAAUUUCCGGCAGUUACUACUUAAAAGAUGUCGAACUGAGUAUGAAAACAAAGAUCAGGCUGCAAAAGGAGAUGAGGCUACCAGAAAACGAUUUCAUUCCUUUGUGCUCUUCUUGGGUGAACUUUACCUUAACCUGGAGAUUAAGGGAACAAAGGGGCAGGUUACAAGAGCGGAUAUUCUUCAGGUUGGUCUUCGAGAAUUACUGAAUGCCCUUUUUUCUAAUCCUGUGGACAGUAAUUUAAUCUGUGCAGUAAAACUACUGAAGUUGACAGGGUCAGUUUUGGAAGAUGCAUGGAAGGAAAAAGGAAAGACAGAUAUGGAAGAAGUGAUUCUGAGAAUUGAAAAUGUUGUCCUAGAUGCAAAUUGCAGCAGAGAUGUAAAACAGAUGCUUUUGAAGCUAGUAGAACUCCGAUCAAGUAACUGGGGUAGAGUUCAUGCCACCUCAACAUACAGAGAAUCAACACCUGAAAAUGAUCCUAAUUAUUUCAUGAAUGAGCCAACAUUUUAUACAUCUGAUGGCAUUCCUUUUACUGCUGCUGAUCCAGAUUAUCAAGAAAAGUAUCAGGAGUUACUUGACAGAGAGAAUUUCUUCCCAGAUUAUGAGGAAAAUGGAACAGACUUAUCAGGGGCUGGAGAUCCAUACUUGGAUGACAUUGAUGAUGAGAUGGACCCAGAAAUAGAAGAAGCCUAUGAAAAAUUUUGCUUAGAAUCAGAGCGUAAGAGAAAACAGUAAAGUUAGAUAAAAAAUCUUUAUAAGGCAGUUUAGGUAUGGUGAUUAGCAAAACAGAAGGAAGCAAGGAAACAUGUCACAUUUAUACCAAAUUAAGGAUGUUGAGUUUAAGUUACUAAUGUAUGCAACUUUAAUUUUGUUUAACAAUAUCUGCCAAAAAAAAAGUAAACUUAUUUCCUAUAACUUAAAUUGUGUAUAUAUCAUAGUUUAUUAUGUACAUAUUAUGAACUGUUUUGGCUGCAAUAAAAUUUAUUUGAAAUAAGUGACAUGUUGAAAGAAAACUUUACUGAUUAGAAGCUUAUCUUACUAAAAUAAAAUACUAUUUUCCUUGAGAAAAAUAAA